AUGCCCGACAGAAACCCAGACAUGCCAUGUCAUGAUUUGUUCAAUGUGCGGUCCCGGGAAAUCCUGACUCUUUCCCAGGGCAAUUGUUUCAUCCCGACCUCGUUUUUUGUCGGUCCUGGGGCCUGGCGAGGGCCUCUAGAGGCCGAAACUGGCAGCACAAAUCGUCCGCCGUGUUCUUUCGCAACGAGAGCAUGUCUGGGGAUGGCCUCCUGCUGCGAGGGCAUCGUGGACCUAAGGGUGUUCUGCUGCAGCGCCCCCAUCGUCUGCACCGACGUCUGCGCUGGCGCACAGGCCCCGACUAUGCAGUGCCUCGUGUGCAGGCAGGCAGCCACCCAGUCCUCGCCGGCGUCGCUGCACGAGGCCAUGACGCCGCUGUCGGGCUGA